CAUGGUCUUUUCUUUCCAUAAAUUCAAAGCAUGCUGUUUAUAAAGAAAAUGAAAAAUAUAACUAACUUAUACUGGGAAUUUCAUAAAAUCUGAUUUUCUGACAAAUUAAUUUUUUUUUCUUUCACAUCGUACUUUUUAUUAUGAACAAUAUUUUCUGAAGUAGAAGAGACUACAUUAGUAUUUGUCAUUAUUGUUCAUUUAAAAGGUUUUCUGAAAAAUGGCAGUUCCUAUAAUUCGAAGAAAAAUUAUUGACAUUGGUGCCAAUUUAACAGAUCCUAUGUUCAGAGGUAUUUAUAAUGGCACAAGAAAACAUGUAGAUGAUUUACAUGAAGUUCUAAGAAGAGCUGUAGCUAAUGGAGUGGAGAGGAUUUUUAUCACGGGAGGGAGUCUAGAAGACAGUAGAGCAGCCUUAGAAAUAGCAAAAUCUUGUGAUAUGUUAUACAGCACUGUUGGUUGCCAUCCUACCCGAUGUCUAGAAUUUGAAGCUUGUGGAGACCCUGGGGGUUAUUUACAACAGCUGAAAUUACUUGCUCUAGAAAACAGACUGAAGGUAGUUGCUGUAGGGGAAUGUGGUCUGGAUUAUGAUCGUUUAGAGUUCUGCCCUAAAGAGACUCAGUUAAGGUACUUUGAAUGUCAAUUUGACAUUGCAGAAGCAACUCGACUGCCUAUGUUCCUACAUUGCCGAAAUGCUUGUGUUGAUUUGCUUCAAAUUAUAAGGCGAAAUAGGGACCGAUUUACUACUGGAGUGGUACAUUCCUUUGAUGGGACAAAAGAAGACGCCAAAUCUAUUAUUGAUAUGGGUCUAUAUAUAGGAAUAAAUGGAUGCUCUUUGAAAACAAGAGAAAAUUUAGAUGUUGUUGCAAGUCUACCUGCUGAUAGACUGAUGAUAGAAACAGACUCCCCUUGGUGUGAAAUUCGCACAACGCAUGCUGGUGCCAAACUAGUAAAGACCACCUUUCCUUGUAAGAAGAAGGAGCGCUUCGAAUUUGGUUUUCAAGUCAAAAGUAGAAAUGAGCCUGCAAAUAUUGUCCAAGUUCUAGAAGUUUUGGCUGCCAUCAGAGGUGAAGAAAUUGAUGAAUUAGCCAAUACAUUAUAUGAAAAUACUUGCAAUAUCUUCUUUAACACUAGGCCUUAGUUGUGUACAUCAAGGAAAUAAAUUUUUUAGAAAAACUA